AUGACGCAACUUAGAAUGGAUCACAGCAUACUCUCCCAAGCGGCCAACAAGACCGUUAUCAUCACUGGUGCCGCUCGAGGCAUCGGUGCUGCGACGGCAACUCUAUUCAACCGUCAUGGCGCGAAUGUCGUAAUCGCUGAUUUGGACCAGUUCCGCGAAGGAGCGGAAAAUCUGAUCAGUGGCAGUUUUGCAUAUCCAAACCGCGGUCUCUUUGUUCCUGGGAAUAUUGUCGACUGGGCGGAGUUGACUACGUGCUUCGAGACUGCUAUGGAUCGAUUCGGUGGCAUUGAUAUGGUUGUUGCGAAUGCGGGUAUCAUGGAGUCCCAGAUGGUCUUGGAUAUGAGCGAUGUCGAUGGCAAUGGACACCUGCGGCAAAGUCAAGAUGCUGACAGGGUAAUUGACGUCAAUAUAAAGGGCACUUUAAAUAGUAUGCUACCCCUUCGUUUAGCACUAUUCUAUAUGAAGCAGCCAUCAGAAACCUCCUCAUCCUCAUUCACAAAAUCAAUUGUUUUGAUUGGUUCCACCUCUAGUUAUUUUGGCGGAACAGGUGUCGCUGCGUAUGUCGCUUCAAAGCACGGGGUGCUGGGCCUCUUACGCGCAUCACAAGCCACAGCCCGCGAGCUUGGUGUCCGAGUAAACGCCAUAGCCCCAUUUCUCACUCCAACUCACAUCACAGCGGGGUUUGCACAGAAGUGGCUCGAGCAGGGUUUAGACGAGAACACCCCAGACCGUGUCGCUGAGGCGAUUGCCCUGGUGGCUUUAGAUCGAGAGCGACAGGGAAAUUGCCUUCUGGUUGCCGGUCAGUAUUUGCGAGAGUUGGAGCUAUCACGAACACAACUUCUGUCGACUUGGAUCGGAGAAGACGUUGCGCAGUUUAUGGGCCGGGCUAUGCAAUUUUUCGUUGCUAUCGGCGGAUAUGUGCUGCCCAACAAAUACUGA